AUGCUGGUGGUGCUAGAUCCCUACAAAGGGUUCUGCUUUGUCAAGGAGAAGGCGACGGUGAAUCCGGUGGUGCAUACCAACGGGUUUGACCAAUUGGACUGGGAAAAGCAUUUACCAGAAGGUGGAAAUGUCGAUAAAAAUGACUCCGAAGAGAUAGCUGAGGAAAAUGCUCCGAAAGCGAAGAUUUCUCGCGCAGAAAGAAAACAAAUCAAGAAACAGGUGGCAGCAAAGAGGAAGCUCCGGCUGUCAGCGGCGGAUUCUGACGCCGUGGUGCUGAAAAACGAGCCCAAUCCAUAUCUGGCGAAACAAAGACUCAAAAAGCUCCAUGGAAUGCUUGCCAGCGGCGCUGACACCAAACUUUUUGACUUUGGCCUGAUUGCCUUCUACAAGUCUGAUGUAGACUACGUGGUUCCUGGCGAAUGGCUCAAUGACAACAACAUUUCAUUUGUCUACGAAGCUUUAUCGACAUAUUUCCUUAAACCUCAUACGUUCGGCCACCAGGUGUACAUGCUCUACCCUGCGUUGGUUCAGCUCUUCUUGCAUUACCCUAUCGUGGAAGAAAUCAGCGGCAUCUUGCCCAUGAAGGACUUGAAAAAGCUGAAAUUCGUCUUCAUUCCAUUUAACUUCAUUGACGAAUGUGAUCUGGUCGACUUGGAGGACGCCAACAAUGGUGACCACUGGGCUUUGUGUUUGCUAAGUGUCGAGGAACGUAAAUUGUACGUUUAUGACUCCAUGAGCUUCGAUGAUGAUGAAGAAGAAGAUGACCAGUUACUCCACCAAUUGGCUUCGAGAUUAAAGACGGCUCUUUUCAAGCCAAAAGAUACAAUUUCCAUAGUGAAAAUGAAAUGCGGCCAGCAAACAAACUUUGACGAUUGCGGCGUCUAUUUAGUUAUGUUUUCCUGUUAUCUAGUGUCGUUGCUCAUGUCCGAGAAACCCACCAACUUGGAUCUCACUCGCGUGGUGUUCAAUCCUCUAAGUGGAAGACUCUCGAUGAUGGAAUUGGUGUAUAAGUUGGCCAAGGAACAGCUGCUUACACCCAGUUAG